CACUUGGUCCCUGGCACUUUGGCAAACAACGCCUGAUGGAAGCUCAAAAGUACAAAAUGCACUCCCUUGAACAACUUGUUAAUCGUUUCCGAAGUCCAGAUGAUAAGAUUAAAGAGUUGGAAGAACUCAUAUCACAGGUGAGGAGCGAGGCUUGUGAAUGCUAUGGAGGUAGGGGGGCCAUCAAUGUCAAAAGCAGAGAAAAUUUUGAGAAAAUUUUGCUAUUGGAUGGCUGCUUUAUUAUAGAGAGGCUUAGGAAGAGUAAUCGUCUCAUACGCAGCAACACUGAAGGGUUAAUCCUCACCAAUGCCAUGAUUCCUAUUUGGUAUCAUGACCUAUUUUUGAUGGAAAACCAAAUACCUUGGUUUGUGCUUGAGCGCUUGUAUGAGCGGACCAGAGUCUCUGAGCAAGACAAGCCUUUGGUUGAACUUGCAAUUGAUGUCUUCUCCUGGAUAUUUUCAUAUGAUAAACUUCAGAUACAGACAGAUUACCUUGCCAAUGUUAAGAUCAACCACAUCCUCGAUCUUGCAUGGCAUUAUUUGGGCUCCUCAUCAGAAACUGGAAGCACAGACUUUAAACUAAACAGGCAUAAUAUUCCUUCUGCUACUAGACUUCGAGAGGCAGGAGUCAAAUUCAGAAGAUCAGUAGAGCCAAGAAGAAUCUUGGAUAUAAGGUUCAACAACAUUGAAGGUGUUCUCGAAAUCCCAUCUUUACUUAUUCAUCCAACAACAGAAUCAAUCUUCCGAAACCUCAUCAGCUUCGAGCAAUGUUACCGUUUCCGCCAUGCUAAAGUCACCUGUUAUGCAAAGCUCCUAAAUGGACUUGUUGACACCCCUGGGGAUGUGGAUUUACUGUCCAUAAAAGACAUUUUUAAUAACUGGUUACACCCUGAAGAUGUCUCUGACUUCCUCAACAAACUACACAAUGGCACCAAUAUGAACCGUUUGUAUUAUGCUCAACUUUGCUUGGAUGUGAGAUCUUAUUGCCAGAGGUGGUGGCCAAAAUGGCGAGCUUUUUACAUCCACAACUAUUUUACUAAGCCAUGGGCUAUUAUUGCGCAAGUCUAUGCCAUUACAGUCUUGGUUUUCACAAUCUUACAGAUCAUUUUUAAAUAGGAACUAUCUAUUUCCUGAUGCUUAAAACAAUUUAUAUAUUUAGGUACAAAUUAUGUUGUUGUUGUUGUUAAUGUUUGUAUUGGAUAAUUAAUUUUUAGAUUUUCAUAUAUAGAUUAUAGUGUCUAUUUGUAUAACAUAUACUUAUUGGAAUGUGUAUAUAUAUGUUUGUAAGUUAAACUUGAAUGUGCUUAUAUAUUAAACUCAUCAUUGUGAUUCCCUAUUUUAUGUUAUUUAUAUACUAAAUAAAGUGAUUGAUGUUGA